AUGAGUGUCCUACCCGUGGUGAUAGACCCGAGGAGCAUUAGCAAGAUAUGGUGGGAUGGGCACAAUUCUUCUUCGUGUAGAGAAUGUGGCAAUGCUGAAAAGGUGCUUAAUGGAACUUGCCAACUCAAGAAUUUCAAUCCUGAAGGUUUUGCCUCUCUUGAGGCAAAGAGCGAAUUCAGUGAGAUCAUGAAGCAUGCCAGGGAAUCCAAUGUCCCGAUUGUCAUAGAUGGGGAUGGGCUUUUUCUUGUUACAAAUUGCCUUGACUUGGUCAGAGAUUAUCUUUUGGCUGUCCUGACUCCUAACAUUAAUGAGUAUAAGCGACUCGUUCAGAAAGUUUUAAAUUGUGAAGUAAAUGAUCAAGAAGGACCUCAGCAAUUACUUUCUCUUGCGAAAGGGUAA